CAGAUUGUCCCUCUCUUCGUGCAGUAGAAACUACGGUCGUGUAUCAUGCUACUUUUUCACAACAAACAUUCGGAAAAAGAAAUAGCUAUGAAUAGGGAAUUGUUUUGAACAUAUUCAAUUAAUGUAGUUAUUAUUGAUGAAAAGGUACUUUGAGUUGUUGUGAUUUGUCCUGGAUAACGCAAAAAAAAAAUCGUGUCAACAAUCUAGCCAACUUCAUAGCCUCCCUCGACAGUCUGCACUACUACUGUAGCUAGCUAAAUGUACUUUCCUGGUAGUGUUAAGCUUUCAUAUGUAAAGACAUUGGUUAAGAUAUCUAGCUAGCUAGAUAAUACUUUAUUAAUAGCUAACUAGCAACUCACCAGAAGACAUCAAAAGAUUCGUAUGAGAUAAAUCUUCAUCCCUUCUCAAGAUGUUUGCAGAGCUCAACAGUAUUCUCAAUACUAGUCCUGACAGCUUCAAGCCGGGAGAGUUUAUUUUAGUGUCUGACAAACAUACAGACGCGUCCUUCCUCAUUCACCAUUUCCUCUCCUUUUAUUUACGAGCGGGCUGUAAGGUGUGUUUCCUGGGUCUUGUGCAGUCCUUCAGUCACUACAGUGCAAUCAGUCAACGGUUGGGUGUGAGUUUGACCCAGGCAAGGGAGAAAGGGCAGCUGGUGUUCCUAGAGGGACUAAAGGAAUCCUUGGGGGUACUGCUUCAGGCCAGCAAAGGAACCCGGACAAUGGACUUCCUCAGAGAUCCCAGUUCCGGCCUGCGGGGUCUAUAUGACUUUGUGCGGGACAAUGUAAGGGGGGCAGUGGGUGGAGCUGAGGAGUGGGGUCCCCCUGUGCUCCUGGUGGAUGACCUCAGUGUGGUCCUGAGUCUGGGGGUCAGUGUUGGGGCGGCGCUGGACUUCAGUCAUUACUGCAGAGCCACUGUCUGCUCUGAGCUGCAGGGCAGCAUGGUGAUGUUGGUGCGAUGUGAGGCAGAAGAAGAAGAGGAGAGUGAUGAUGAAGGCUCAGAGCGGCUCCUGAGGGGCCUUAUACACCAGUGCAGCCUCACACUCCAAGUACAGGGUCUUCCCACCGGCUACUGCAGGGACAUCCACGGACAAGUGGAAGUGUGCUGGCGAGGACAAUGUGACAAGCAGCAGGCCCAGAAGAAACUCUUCCAGUACAAGGUCCAUGACAAGGGGGCUUCCUUUUUCGCCAGGGGGAUGUCCAGUGCAGUCCUUUGAGCCCUCAAUGCCUCCCUUCCCUCACCUCUCAGUUACAUGGCUCUCUGGGCUCAGCCAUAGAGAAUGAUAGAGACCUCUAGUGGCCAAAAGGCUAUAUUAUCAUGGGCGGCUAUUGGACCUCCGCCAUUUUAAAGUAGUCAACCUCAUGGAACUUCCAACUCCAUUGGCUGAUCCCUCAUGGUGACUGUUGGAAUCAUGUCCAAUUGGGUCAUCAGAAGGGAUCAGUCAAUUGUGAAGAAGAAAAUGGACUACUUCAAAAUGGAGAUGCCUUAAUGGAGCUGCCUAUGCUGUCAUAUAUGUAAUGGCACAGCUACAAAGAUGGUCAUGAUCAUGAAACAGGUCGGGAUCAGUUUUGAACUGGAGAUGUGGUAUUGAAUUGAACAUUGGAUUUCCGCUUUAAAACCAACCCAGCAGAUGCAUUGCAAAGCUGACAUAGGAAGCCUGGGUGAAUAGGUAAUUUCUCAAGCGACAUGUGAACUGACCUGACUAGGUUGCACUUGUGUUAUACAAAACAAUAAACGGCACUUUUAAGACCA